AUGUCGGAUUCGGAAGAUGACAACAUCGCUUUCGGCAGAAAUCAGCACGGGACAGCGCAACAGAGCAUCGAAGCUGGAACUGAAUACGGAGUCGACGGAAAGACUCUUGAUGAAUAUGCCUCAGCUGGAAAUACGAAUAGAAACGCUAUUUCUGGUUGCCGAAAAUGCGGGUAUCCCGGACAUUUGAGCUACGAGUGCCGAAAUGGAAUAAAAAUCGGCGCUGGCAAAAGCCAAAACUUUGUUCUCGACAUUUCUUCGACAAGCUCAGAGGACGAGGACGUGCGCCUUCUCAAUGAAUUGAAAGCGAGUUUGAAAGCUGCGAAGGAGAAGAAAAAACUCAAGAAAGCGAAGAAAAAAGCAAAGAAAGAGGAGCGUGAGAAACGAAGAAAAGAGCGGAAAAAUCGAGACCGAUCGUACUCGAGAAUGGCAGUCACAAAGUCGGACUCAAGCUCAAAUCAGUCUCUGAGCAAUGGCGUUGUUGUGGCAGAAGUCGAAGUUAAAAUACCUCCAACAAAGAAAGCUAAAAUGAACGAUAUUCUUUCCGAAAGAACCAACUGCAGCUGCUUGAUUCCUCACACCACAGACUUUUCUUCAAAAACAUGUUGCUCCAUCGAAAUCACCGACGAUUCCAUCAACAUGUGUUCCAAUCCAAUUUCCAACUCAACAAUCUCCUUUCGCCCAACAGAACACGCGUCUUUCUUCAUCAAGCUCUGCGAAAGCUGCGAGGCUCAGCUGAAAAAGCAUCAGUUCUGCCCGCAAUGUGGAAUGCGCUGUCAGUUGCUCGACUAUCAAGAAUGUACCGAUGGCCAUCGAACACAUGCAGACUGCGUUCAGCUUCAAAAGGAGCAUGAUAAAUGCCCUCAUUGUGAGAAAAAAUUCAUGCGGGAACGAAGGACGCCAAAAACAAGACCUUCAGCUGCGAUUAAAAGCUACAAGAUCAAAUACCAGCCGUUCAAAUUUACGACGGUGGAAAACCAAUACAUGGCGGAAAUCUUGACGCACUAUAUAAAAAUAAGUCCUGUUACUAAAACUUCUACGGCUGAACAAGUCAGGCGAGCGAUCGACUCUUCUUAUGUUGAAAAAAUUGCUGAAAUCUUGAAGAGUCCGGUCGAAUCCAUCCUUCAUUCCAUUGCUGGGAUUUCUAUUUUUGAUUAUUGCAUCAAGAAGAAGCGACUUGAUCUGGCGGAAGUCUUUCAUAAAUUUGGAGUUUCGCCGAAUAAGCGAUUUGGCGAAGAAGGCAAGUUUUCAAUCCUCAUCGAUGUUGUGCAAAGCAAUGAGCUUCGUUCCGUCCAGUAUUGCUUGAAAUCUGGCGUCGAUGUGAAACGAAUGGAUGACAAUGGACGAACCGCGGCCCAUCUAUCAGCUCAAAAUUGCUCUCGGCCGAUAGUUAAAUUGCUCGUGAACGCGGAAAACAUCCCUGUUCAAGAUUUAACAGGAUUUACUUGCAUUCACUGGGCGCUGGAAAAUCCAGAUAUGGAAGUAUUCAAAUACUUCCUUGAAAGUUGCAAUCCAAAAGAUCUCUACAUCCCAGAUCGAGCGGGAAAGAACGUUCUUCAUUGGGCAGCUCAAUAUGGAUACGCAGAGCGCUGCAAAAUUCUCCUGGAAAAAGACCGACAGCUUUUGUGCACGUGGGAUCAAAAUUCUGCGUCUCCGAUUUAUUAUGCUGCUCAGUUGGAAGAAAACAAAGCCGUUCAAACUCUUGGAGUUCUCUUGCAAUUUUACGAUCGAAAUUUACACGCGAUGCAGAAGAAGAACCCGGUAGAUAUCGCAACUGGCCGCGCGAAGGUGCUUCUUCAGCAAAUUGAAGAAAACUGCAAUGUCGAGUCACGAAAAUAUCAAAGGCUUAAUGGACUGAUGGUGAUACACGAUGUUGCAAAUGGAAAAGAAAGCUUCCCCGUCCACGUGAUCAACGGAAUCGAUGAUUUGAAGUUUCCAUCAUUUACGUACAUGAUGAUAACAAGGACGAAACUGAGAGGUUUGAGAUUCAAGAGAGAUAUUAUUGAUGCCGUGUCUUGCCAGUGUUCGGGAGACUGUAGUGGAAUGAACUGUGUUUGUCGGUCGAAUUCUGACCGAGGCUUGUUCAAGAGCGAUAGAACUUUGGAUUUGGAUGUUUAUGCUCGAUAUCAAGGAUCAACUACGGCUGUUUAUGACUGCAACGAGCUUUGUUCUUGCGACUUUCGACUGUGCAAAAACUUGCAUCUGAAAAAUAUCGACCCCAAGCAAGUUGAAAUAUUCCGAAACCAAGAGCUGCUCAAAGAAUGGUCGCUCAGAACGACGACGGAAAUAAAGGCAGGGGAAUAUGUGAUGCCGAUGAUUGGCGAAGUUAUUGCGCUAGAAAGCGGAACGACUGUGUUGAAGGAAUUCAUGAUGAAAAUAUCGACUUUUGGAGGAAGAAGCUACUUUUUGGAUCAGUCGCAGUUUGCGAACUCAUCGAGAUUCAUCAACCACUCCUGCGAGCACAACCUGGUCCCUGUGCGAAUCAUCCGCACCCAUGAUGACUACAGGAUUCCUUCCAUCGCUCUUUUCGCGACGCGAAGAAUUGAGAAAGGAGAAGAGCUCACGCUAAACUAUGGCGAUCAGUAUUGGGCACGGCGAGGAGCAAAGCAUGUUUGCCUCUGUAGAACGAAAAGCUGUAGAUAUGACACUCACGAAAAGUGUGAAAAGGUCGCGAAAUCCUUGGAAAAAAUCACUGUUGCUUGUAACCGAGCGACGAUGCUCCAGCCAAGUUCUCAAGAAAAACCUGUUUCAUAA